AUGAGUAAAAAGCCUCCAAAUCGUCCUGGAAUCACUUUUGAGAUUGGUGCUCGUUUGGAGGCACUGGACUAUUUACAGAAAUGGUACCCAUCUCGUAUUGAGAAGAUAGAUUAUGAAGAGGGGAAGAUGUUGGUCCAUUUUGAACGUUGGAGCCAUCGCUAUGAUGAGUGGAUUUACUGGGACAGCAAUAGGUUACGACCCUUGGAGCGACCAGCCUUAAGGAAAGAAGGGCUGAAGGAUGAUGAAGAGUUUGUGGAUUUUAAACCUGGAGAAGAAGUCCUGGCUCGUUGGACAGACUGUCGAUAUUAUCCUGCAAAGAUUGAAGCCAUUAAUAAGGAGGGAACGUUCACAGUACAGUUCUAUGAUGGUGUUAUUCGGUGUCUUAAGAGGAUGCAUAUCAAAUCUAUGCCAGAGGAUGCAAAAGGGCAGGCGCGCGAGAGGGAGCAGAUAGCGCCGGAGCUGAGAUUAGUGACGGAAAUCGAACCAAAAGAAGAUUGGAUAGCUUUGGUCAAAGCUGCUGCUGCAGCAGCAGCCAAGAACAAAGCAGGAAGUAAACCUAGAACCAGCGCAAACAGCAAUAAAGAUAAAGAGGACAGAAAAUGGCUAAAAGUUCCUUCAAAAAAGGAAGAAACCUCAACCUCUGCAAUCAUUCAGGAAGUCCAAAAAGAGGAAGAGGAGCCUACAUCUAGUGACACGUUUGUAGGAUUCCCUGUAGUGGAUGUUCCAAAGAUGGCCUUUGUGCAGGCAGAGAGCACGUUAUCGCACAAGAGGAAAAGUAAUCUAGGCAACUCAUUUCAGGCAAAGAGAGCUCGUCUCAACAAGAUCACUGGUUUAUUGGCAUCCAAAGCUGUUGUUGUGGAUGGGGCUGAAAAAAAGGAAGGCAACAAAGAAACAGCUCCAGUCCUGGAGCAGGAGAUUUCACCUAAACCACAAAGUCAGAAAAAAAAUGAAGCUGAUAUUAGCAGUUCUGCCAGCAUUCAGAAACCUGCACUGUUAUCCUCAACUUUGUCUUCAGGAAAGGCUCGCAGCAAGAAAUGCAAACAAGAAUCUGGAGAUUCUUCUGGGUGUAUAAAGCCCCCUAAAUCACCACUUUCCCCAGAGUUAAUACAAGUCGAGGAUUUGACGCUGGUCUCUCAGCUUCCUUCUUCUGUGAUAAAUAAAACUAGUCCAUCACAGCCAGUGAGUUCCCCUAGAUCCUACAAACAUAGCCAACGGAGGAGAAGAUCACAGCGUUUAGCCACUUGCUCCUUGCCUGAUGAUUCUGUAGAAAAAGUUUCUCCCUCUUCAGUUACUGAUGGAAAAGUGUUCUCCAUCAGUGGUCAAAACCAACAGUCAUCAAAAUUGGAGGUACCUGAUGUUGCUCAUAUGUCACUUGAGAAGCGUGGACCAUGUCUCCCUCUUGAUUUAAGCCGUAGUUCGGAAGUUACAACACCAUUAUCCACUGAAUCCACUUUCCGUAAUGAAUAUCCCAGUAAAGACAAGGAAGAUAUUCAGAUGAUUACAUAUCUAUCUUCCAAAGCAGUAACUGAUGGAAGAAUAGCUACAGCAGCGUCAGCACCCUCGUCCCAUGUACAUGCCUUGCAUCUGGAAAUGCCUUUAACCAAUAGUCUAAAGUUACCCAAAGGGACUAGUAAAAAAAAGAGGUCUUCCACAUCAGUGAGCUCUGACGGGACAGAGAUACAGUGCUCUGUGCCCGUAAAGGAGAAAUGUUUUGAGAGUCUGAAGGAGAAAAUAUUACAGAACGUGAUUGAGAAGGACAAGCAUUCAGAAGUUGGUGCAGUGAGAAUGGAAAGAAAAGGAAAACAGGAAGAGAAAAGUUCUUCAACAUAUGGUAAAAAGAAAGAAAAGGAAAAGGAGAAAAAAGAGAAAAAGGAAAAGGACCAUAAAUCAAAACAGAAAAAGAAGAAGAAAAAAAAGAAGAAAUCUAAACAGCACGAUUAUUCAGAUUAUGAAGAUAGUUCUGUUGAAUUCUUGGACAGGUGCUCCUCUCCGUUAACACGGUCCUCAGGAAGCUCUCUGACUUUGCGCAGCAUGUUUUCAGAGAAGAAUACAUCAUACCAGUAUCCAAGAGCUAUCUUGUCUGUUGACCUCAGUGGAGAAAACCUUUCAGAUGUGGAGUUCUUGGAUGAUUCCUCUACAGAGAGUUUGUUACUUAGUGGUGAUGAAUACAACCAGGAUUUUGAUUCAACUAACUUUGAAGAGUCUCAGGAUGAAGAUGAUGCUCUCAAUGAAAUUGUUAGAUGCAUUUGUGAACUGGAUGAAGAAAAUGGCUUUAUGAUUCAGUGUGAAGAGUGCUUGUGUUGGCAGCACAGUGUGUGCAUGGGACUGCUGGAGGACAGCAUUCCAGACCAGUACAUCUGUUACAUCUGCAGAGAUCCACCAGGUCAGAGGUGGAGUGCCAAAUAUCUUUAUGAUAAAGACUGGCUAAACAAUGGCCACAUGUGUGGAUUAUCAUUUUUGAAAGAAAACUACUCUCAUCUUAAUGCCAAAAAGAUUGUGUCAACACAUCACCUGCUGGCAGAUGUAUAUGGUGUAACUGAAAUACUGCAUGGACUGCAGUUGAAGAUUGGGAUAUUGAAAAAUAAGCAUCACCCAGACCUUCAUCUCUGGGCUUAUUCAGGGAUGAGAAAAGAACAAGAACAAAUAACUGUUGGGGUAGAGAAAAAAUUGACUUUGCCAGGAGUUAGUCCAACGGAAAGGACGUGUCACAGUCACAACCAUAGAGAGCCACCCACUGUACCCCAGAAGAUGGAAGAAACUUACAUCACAAGUGAGCACAGUUACCAAAAACCACAGAGUUUUGGUCAAGACUGCAAAACAGUUGCUGAUCCUAUGAGCUCAGAUGAUGAAGAUACAAGUAGUUUUGAGGAAGAUCAGGAAUUUCACACAGAGAAUAGAAACUGUUUACAAUAUUCUUUUAAAGAUGAUGGCAUGAAUGAGCAGAAUUCUGUUGAAGGAAACAGUGUGUUUGUUUGUAAUGAAAGAAAAGGCUCAGAAGAACAAGUGGACACACAUCUUCAAUGGCAGCUAAAUCUCCUUACCCAUAUAGAGAAUGUACAGAACGAAGUCACCAGCAGAAUGGACCUGAUUGAAAAAGAAGUUGAUGUUUUAGAAAGCUGGCUUGAUUUCACUGGAGAACUGGAACCACCGGAUCCUCUGGCAAGGUUGCCUCAGCUCAAGCGACGUAUCAAACAGCUCUUAAUUGACAUGGGCAAAGUACAGCAAAUAGCAACCCUUUGCUCUGUAUGACAACAGGAAGAAUAAAGAAAUAAAAAUAGGUUCUUUACAGUGAAUUUUCUUAUUAGCCACAAGACUGACAGGAAGGUAGCAAAAAGCUGAGCAUUUAUCUGGUUCUUCACUGAUUACAUUAAUAGCCUGAAGCUUUAGAGAAUGGAGAGGGAAUCUUGAGCAAGGAAUCUGUUACACUGAAAAUCUGAAUAUUCAACACUCAAAUGCCAAAAUGUAAUAUAUUACAUACUGA